AUGGAUCGAGUGUCAGCGUCUAAUGGCCGACGGUUCAUAGCCGACGCUAUAGACGGCUUUUGGUUUAGCAUCUGGCCCGAGGUACGUGGGUUAUGGCGGUUCGCGUUGGGCGCUGAGAAGCCUCUGGACAUUAGCCACGGCGUUCGCGGAGCCAGCCUCUCCUGUCUCUCUUGCCUCCCCCUUCUCUCAUAUCCUCCCCUGUCUCCCCUGUUUCCCCCCAUCUCCCCUGUCUCUCCUGUCUCCCCCAUCCCUCCUUUCUCCCCUGUCACUCCUGUCUCCCCCGUCUCUCCUGUCUCCCUGCCUCUCCUGUCUCCCCCGUCUCCCCUGCCUCUCCUGUCUCUCUUGCCUCCCCCUUCUCUAAUAUCCUCCCCUGUCUCCCCUGUUUCCUCCCAUCUCCCCUGUCUCUCCUGUCUCCCUCAUCUCUCCUUUCUCCCCUGUCACCUCUGUCACUCCUGUCUCUCCUGUCUCCCCUGCCUCUCCCGUCCCCCCCGUCUCUCCUGUCUCCCCUGUCUCCCCUGUCUCUCAUAUCUUCCCCUGUCUCCCUAG